AUGAAUCCGACAUUCUCGAAAGACGAAGACAUUGUCAAAGAGAAUGAAUCACAGAAUGAAUUAGAUACAAUUGAUUUAGCUGAACAACCGCCAGCAAAUAUAGAUGAAACGAUUAGUGUCACUACUGUUGAAAAAUCCAGAUAUUCGAAGCGAUCGUUCCUUUUAUCCAAAUUACUAUAUGAACUAUUUCGUAGCAUUUUACGACAAGAAGUCGGAUGGUUUGAUGCGAGAAAGCCAGGAGAAUUAAGCAACAGACUUGUCGAUGAUCUGGAUAAAAUACGCGAUGGAAUAAGAUAUAGUUAUUAUUUAUCGAACGCGAAAUGGAUUGGUAUAAAGAAAGGUUUAUAUGUCGGAUUAUGUCAAGGAGUCUCUAAUAUUACAACUUUCACUGCUUUUGCUAUCACGUUUUGGUAUGGUAUUCAUUUGGGUUCGAAUGACUGUAUAACAUAUACGGCUGGUACAGUAGUUGCCGUACGUAUGCAUUUUCCAUUAUAGUUCUGCUGACUGGAAAGAAAAGCAGGUAAUGCUCGCUAGCUAGCUGACUCUGCACCGGCGACUCACAGCUGGGCACCUAGUGGUAUAGUUUUCGUUAUAGUAUCGGAAGCAAGUAAUCAUCGUUUCCAACGUGACAGUUUUUCACAGUGUCUGUCACGCGCUAUAUAUGCACAGGGUAGCGCUUGUCUGCUCUUGCUGUGCUCCAUGAUUUGAGAAACUUAUACCUACGAACGACCUUUGAUGACUAUGAAUCACAGACAACGCACAUAACUCCCUCGGUCGGCGUUCGCUUGCGCCGUAUCCACAAUAUGUUAUGCAAUGCGAGUAUGUACGUCCGUCACACUAAUAUCUGUGUAUGUAAGUGUGUCACACAGCCUUCACCUGACUGUAUGUAUGUACGUCCGUCACAUAGUGUGCAUAUGUAUAGUGAAAAGCGGGACGGAACACUGCACAUAUAACAAUGUUCAGUCGACUUUCCUAGUUCAUUUGGCGCGAUCGCGAUGCAUUAUUCAAGUUUCAAAACAUUCCUGAGUCAUAACUGCACUGCGACAAAUUUUUCUUACAGUGAUGAGUGAUGUCUGCUUCCACUGAACACUAUCCCUAUGGGAAUUUUGGAACACCAACGGGAAUUCUACUUAACUAAUGGAGUAUUCAACUCAAUCACAGAAGAAGUCUAAAAGGCAAGAAGAAUCGAAAGACCGGUCAGUAAAAUCUUCACGAGAAUUGUAGGAAUUGACACGAGAAUUUUGCUCAACCACACAUCCUCAACUACAAGAGAAUUCUACUAAAAAUGUCAUGAACAUAGAAUGGUUGGAAGGGCUCACUCUCAGCUGACCGACUCUCUCCUGAUUUACCGCUUUUCUCAUCAGGAAUGCACUUGAAAUUAUUGGAUUAUUUCUGCAACACAUAAAGGUCCAUCAACAUCUCUUCUAAAGCAGAACUUUUUCCUUUUAAAGAACAUAAUCAGUCAAAACAACCUGUUGUUCCCAGAAUUUACGUGUGAUUGCGUAAAAUUCUCUGAAAGAUUUUACUGAUCUCUCUUUCCAUUCUUGAUGAAUGUUUUCGUGGUUUAUAUAAGUUCUUGCUGAGAGAGUAGAAUUCCCAUGUUUGGUUUAUUCCGAUCUAAGAUGAUCUCUUGAAGUAGACGUUUAUUGGGACGUAUAGUUUCUGCCUUACACGAUUCUCGUUAUCUUUUAGAACUCUCGUGGAAGAAGCCGAGUUCUACAAUUCGUGAAAUUGGGACACUGCUAGAAGUGAUCGCGCUCAAGUCAUUGAAGUCGUGCCACGACUCGCUUUGGCGACAUCCAAAAGAGAACUUUGUUCCACUGCUCCACUAUUCUGCUAUUCCACUAUUCUACUAUUGUACUAUUCUAUUAUUCUACUAUUCCAUUAGAAAAUUUGGUGCUUGCUCCACGCUGAACCAAAUUAGAAAAAAAUUGGGCGCCAGGUGCAAAAUUUCUUGGUGAAUCCGACAGCGGGUUCCUUAUAAUUACGCGUUCACUUCUUUUUGGGAG